UAAUAAUGUCAUAACUUUACCAGCAUAUUACAUCAGAUGCUCGUUUGGUCCAAAUGAUCGGUGACAAAAAAAUCUCCUCCUCGUUAGUUGUCGAGUCAUCCCAGUCUGCUGACAGACGAUACCAGUUACGCUACUGUCUGUAGUCUGUCAGUAGUGUCUGUCUGUAGUGUGCCUGUAGUCUAGUCAGCGUUUAGAACCAACAGCACUCUGCUGAUUAGAUCACUCCUUCUUCUCCUCCCCCGACGUUCAAGAUCAAUAACUAACGUCCUCCUUCUCCUCCUCCUCCUCAUCAUCAUCAUUAAAACUGCUCUUAAAAGAUUACAUCCACAUACACUCUCUCUCUCUACUAGUGGUUCAGUGUGUGUAGGGAGAGUCUCUCUGUAGUAAGCCUGGUCUCUAUUAUCUUGAGUAGAUAGUAGCCUGUACUGUAGUGCGUUGUUAAAGCCUGUAUAUCUGACUUCGGGGCUUCAGUUGGUCAGUUCUCUGAUGGAAGGAGAGGUGAAGAAGAGAAGGAGGAAGGACCAGAUGGUGAAUCUGAUUGUUGUGUCUUUGCUCCAGUCUGCUGCGGCCAGCCUUAUCACCGCGGAGUUGUUUGAAGUCAGAGGCCAGCGUGUGUGUAGGGUGGAUCGGGGCCGGCCCUGCUAUAAACUGGCAUAUUUUUCUGACCCUGGACGGCGGCUCAGCUUCCUGGAGGCAAAGCUAGCGUGUCGCCGUGACGGAGGGGAGCUGCUGAGCGUUGAGUCACCGGCCGAGCAGCGAAUCAUAGAGCAGCUUGUCACUGAGCUCCGUCCCUCCGACGGAGACUUCUGGAUUGGCCUACGUCGUAACCAUGGUGACACGGAAAACGUUGACGACUGUCCCUCACAGUACUACUGGACCGACGGGAGCCUCGCCUCCUUCAGGAACUGGCACUGGGACGAGCCGUCCUGUGGUUACGAGGUGUGUGUGGUGAUGUACCACCAACCGUCCGCCCCGCCCGGCCUCGGAGGACUCUACAUGUUCCAUUGGAACGAUGACAACUGUGACACCAAGAACAAUUUCAUCUGCAAGUACACUGCAGAGAAGGCUCCUGAACCCUCCCCCAACACUGCACACCCAGAGGUUCCUCCCUUGUCUCUGUCACCCCUGACCACGACCUUUGACACUGAAGAGAAGAGACAGACCCCAGCUCUGAACAUUGUUUACAUAGUCCUGCCCAUCAUCCCGUUGUUGAUGGUGUUACUAAUAGCAACUGCGGUCUUCUGCUUCACGCUGCUGGCUCGACGGAGGAAGCGGCGUGAGCAGCAGACAGAGGUGUGUCCUAGCGACCCAGGGUCCUGUCCAAACCCCGCCCAGCCGCCUGACGUCUACAACGUGAUUCGCUCCCAGCAGGAGGCCGACCUGGCUGGAACACGCCCCCACACCAAGAACACUUCCUUCUUAGGCUCCUCCCCCGACAUGUCCCCUGGUGACUAUGACAACCUGGGGGGUCUGCGAGACACGGAGAGUGGUUUCGUCACGCUGGCCAGCACAGAGAGCAACUUCCAGUUGACCUCUGAACUCUACGACCUUAGUCUGGGGCGACGCAAAGACGACUCAGACAUUUACCACAACAGUCUGGGUCGCAACAGAGAGGUUUAUAACAACAGUCUGGGUCGGCAUGGUAACCGAGAGGUUUAUAACAACAGUCUGGAUCGUCAUGGCAACGGAGAGACACACGAUAACAGUCUGGGUUGUCACGGCAACGGAGGAACGUACAACAACAGACUGGGUCUUCAUGGCCGUGUGGUGAAGAGCAGUGAGCUGUACAACACUAGUCACUAUAGAGACAGUCUUUACCAAACCAGCCUGGACCGCUAUGGUAACCCUGAACAGCACGAGAGAAGCCUGGGACGUCAUGGGAACGAUGCCAGUGUAGAUUGCUAUGGGAAGGAGGCCACUGUGGGUUACUAUGGCAACGAGGGCAGUCUGGGUGGGAAGUGCUACAAAGAGUGGUUGGACAGUGACAGCAACUAACAACUACUGACAGUUACAGCUACUGACAGCUACUGACAGUGCCAACUACUGACAGUUACAGCUACUGACAGUUACUGACAGUGACAGCAACUGACAGCUACUGACAGUGACAGCUACUGACAGCUACUGACAGUGCCAACUACUGACAGUUACAGCUACUGACAGUUACUGACAGUGACAGCAACUGACAGCUACUGACAGUGACAGCUACUGACAUAUACUGACAGUGACAACUACUGACAUAUACUGACAGCUACUGACAGUUACAUCUACUGACAGCUACUGACAGUGACAGCUACUGACAGUGACAGCUACUGUGACAGCUACUGACAGCUACGGACAGCUACUGACAGCUACUGACAGUUAUAUCUACUGACAGCUACUGACAGUGACAGCAACUGACAGCUACUGACAGUGACCGCUACUGACAUAUACUGACAGUGACAACUACUGACAGCUACUGACAGUGACAGCUACUGACAGCUACUGACAGUGAAACCUACUGACACUGACAGCUACUGACAGCUACUGAGAGUGAUAGCUACUGUGACAGCUAUUGACAGCUACUGACAGCUACUGACAGCUACUGACACUGACAGCUACUGACAGCUAUUGACAGCUACUGACAGUGACAGCUACUGACAGCUACUGAGAGUGAUAGCUACUGUGACAGUUACUGACAGCUACUGAGAGUGAUAGCUACUGUGACAGCUACUGACAGUGACAGCUAUUGACAGCUACUGACAGUGACAGCUACUGACAUAUACUGACAGUGACAACUACUGACAGCUACUGACAGUGACAGCUACUGACAGUGACAGCUACUGUGACAACUACUGACAGCUACGGACAGCUACUGACAGUGACAACUACUGACAGUUAUAUCUACUGACAGCUACUGACAGUGACAACUACUGGCAGUUAUAUCUACUGACAGCUACUGACAGCUACUGACAGUGACAGCUACUGACAGCUACUGAGAGUGAUAGCUACUGUGACAGUUACUGACAGCUACUGAGUGUGAUAGCUACUGUGACAGUUACUGACAGCUACUGACAGCUACUGAGAGUGAUAGCUACUGUGACAGCUACAGACACUGACAGCUACUGAGAGUGACAGCUAUUGACAGCUACUGACAGUGAAACCUACUGACACUGACAGCUACUGAGAGUGAUAGCUACUGUGACAGCUACUGACAGUGACAGCUACUGACAGCUACUGACAGCUACUGACAGUGACAGCUACUGACAGUGACAGCUACUGACAGCUACUGACAGUGAAACCUACUGACACUGACAGCUACUGACAGCUACUGAGAGUGAUAGCUACUGUGACAGCUAUUGACAGCUACUGACAGCUACUGACACUGACAGCUACUGACAGCUAUUGACAGCUACUGACAGUGACAGCUACUGACAGCUACUGAGAGUGAUAGCUACUGUGACAGUUACUGACAGCUACUGAGAGUGAUAGCUACUGUGACAGUUACUGACAGCUACUGAGAGUGAUAGCUACUGUGACAGCUACUGACAGUGACAGCUAUUGACAGCUACUGACAGUCUGUGUGUGUGCAUGGCCCUGUUAUGCUGCCCUCCCCUGAGGGGUCACUGUCAGGUCAUGAACCUUGACCCCAGCUGUGCCUGAGACACCAAAGCCUGGUCCUGUCCUCCUCCUGUCUCGUCCUCCUCCUGUUCAGAUCUUGUCCCAUUCUUCCCUUGCUGCCUGACCAUGACAUGACAACAAUAAUUUAGGCGUGAUAGGCCCGAUUCAGAACACGCCCCUUGAAUUCGCACUUCUCUGUAGUUGGUAUACAGACUAACCUUGUGCAGGUGCAUAAUGAGCUUUGCACGCAUGGCUCCCUUUCGCACGCUGAAUACAUUUAAUACAACUGCUGAAAUCCCUCCCACUUGCUGGCCAACAGAUUUACUUGUGGAGUCAUUCAUUUACGUGUGGAGUCAUUUCAUUAAAUAGGGUUUUCAGUACUUUUAUCUAAAGCCAUCCCUUUAAAUUUGGUGUACCUUUUAAUUCUCUACAGACUCUAAUACAUGGAGAGAACGGUUCAGAAUAUUAGGGAUCACUGAAAUACAUGCAUAUUCAUCUACUUUUCAGCAACAAUUGGUAGAUAAAAAAUAUACUCUGAUCUUGUUUAUUAUUUAGAGAUAGGAAAGUUUUUAUAUAAUAAUAAAUAUAUUAACAGCGUUGGAGAGCCUUUAUGCACGAAAUAUAUGUGAAUAAAAAAUGCAAUGGUUUGAUUUUAUCGUGAAAGUUGCCAUAGGAGUAGCCUAGUGGUUAGAGUGUUGGACUAGUAACCGAAAGGUUGAUGAAUCUAAUCCCUGAGCUGACAAGGUAAAACAUCUGUCAUUCUGCCCCUGAACAAGGCAGUUAACCCACUGUU